AUGCCUGUAAGUAAUAACGGGGAUAAAAGAUCUGUCAUAUGCACUUUACCACUGGAAGUUGUUUCGUACAUAUUUAGAUUUCUACCGACAUCAGACGUGAAGUGUGCAUCAUUUGUUUGCUAUGCAUGGUCUCGUGCAGCUGAAGACCCCAUUCUAUGGAGAGAUGUGUUCAUUAGUCUUGGUACAAGAAGAGAACGGUUCUCUUAUUUUCUUGUUGACAGCCUUGAGCGACGAUGCAUCCAGCACUUGAGAGUUAAACACAUGUCAACUGCAACUCAAAUUAUUCAGGUGUGCAAACAGCUUGGGUCAAACCUCAAGACAUUGUCCCUUCAGGGUUGCAGAUGUGUUAAUGACGCCUUACUUGAAGUACUGAGCAAGUAUUGUUCAAACUUGAUGCAUCUGGAUGUAAGCCGUUGCAGACAACUUGACGUAGUCAAGGAAGCCACUUGGCUCCACAAGUGCACUGCCGCCAGCUGGAAGAAACUCAGCGUCCUAGAUUUAAAUGGUUGUAAGGAAAUGUCUGACAUGCUUGUGUCAAAAAUAGCCGAUGCAUUGCCACUGAUAGUGGAUUUGAGCAUCUCCGGGUGCAAAAGUGUACACAUAUCAACAUGGCAGAAGUUGGCAAAAAAGGUAUCAACACUGAAAUACCUAGACAUCAGCCGAUCUGACAUGACAGAUGAAACAAUGCUGAAAUUUUCUCAGAUUCCUGACUUAAACCUUAGAGAGAUAAAUUUAACUGCUUGUAAAUAUCUGACAGAUAAUGGAGUAGUAUCUCUUGUGAAAUAUCAAACUUCACUUGAAGUUAUCAAAUUAGCCUGUGUGCAUAUUACAAACACAACACUUGCAGCUAUUGGCAAAUAUUUGCAGCAGUUAAGAGGGCUGGAUCUAAAUAGCUGCAGACAACUUACAGAUGGAGCAUUGUCAAGUGUUAAGAGACUCUUACUUAAUUUAGAGUCAUUGAACUUAUAUUCCUGCUAUCAGCUGUCAAACAGUGGUCUUACUCAGUUCCUCUGCUGGACACAGGUAAGUGUUCCUUUAAGACAAAGCCAGGAAUUCCAACAUGCGACAUAUCCUUGAAACAGUCACAUAGGACAGCAGAGAUGCCAAACCCUACUGGGCCAAGUGCAAGUGUAGUAGUAGCAAAAUGAUGGGAGCAUGACUUCAUCCUCAAUAUGUGAAACAAAAUGUUUUGAAAUUCAGACUAGGGACCCUCCCCCACAUUCUGUAAGAGGGCCUCAAGUAAUGGAAGAGAUCACCUACUGGGCCUCAUCAGUGUUGUUGUUUCAGAACCUAACCAUCAAGAUUAAAUUUUGCUUCCAAAAUAUUUUAACAACUUUUCCCCAUUACUUCUAUAUGGAGCAAUGGAAUCUUUAACUGUAGAACAUAACUACAAUGCAGGUAUCAAUGUCUGGACGGAGAGAGGGUACGGGCAAAGGUGCGACAUUUAAAUUUUUUAGCACUUUUUCGGUGAAAUUCCACACCCUCGGCACUAGAAAAUUGUUCAAAUCUGAUCAAAUAUCGCUUACUGUGAUCAACAAAACUGCAGUUUGGAGGAAAAUGUGUGGUGAAAAUCCCCAGAGAGGGGACAAAAAAGUGUUCAAAUGCCACACAUAUGCCGGUGCCCCGCUUCCUCUUAUAGUACAUGUACAUUUGUGGUCUGCAAAUAUUGAUUUGGCAGGCAGAGUAAUAAAUUGCAUUUUUUUCUAUCACCAUUCACUUCUUUUAAAUAAAAUUUAUUUUAUCCGCCAGUAACACUCAUUUUCUAAGUUAUUCAAUCUCCCAUGUUUGAUUGUGUAUCUCAGUUAUUAUGUUUAUUUAAAAAUUUUGUUAUUUACAGGGAACAAAUCAUGACAUCCCACUGAAAGUUCUUGUGCUUAAUGGCUGUAGCUCCUUAUCUGAUGAACUAGUAUCACGAUUCUCAGGGAUUCUUUGCCAUCUUCAAGAGCUUGAUCUCAGUUCCUGCCUUCAUGUAACAGACAUUGGACUGUCUGCUAUAACAUGCUCUUUAAUAAACUUGCAACUGUUGAGACUCAGUUGGUGUAUUAAUAUCACUGAUAAUGGCUUGAAUGGAAUUAUUCAGUCAAGAGAAAAACUUCCGCCGGUCAGCCCUCAGAAGAAGACAAUUUCACAUAAAGUAGAUGGAAAGCAGGAGAGAACCACUAGCAGUAAACAGGUGACAUUUAUAAUUCAUACAGCAAAGAAUAUAUGAUUAAUAUUUCAAUUUCUGUUGUCUUGAGGUUGAAAAAGGAAGAUGCAAAGAUUAAGAAGGUGAAUCCACCAAGCUACAAGUAAAAUAAUCAUUGUAUGCUUGCUUAAGGUGAUUCCAUAGUAAAAGAACCUAACAUAGAUUUUAGCUAAAACUUGGUACAAUGAUGUAACAAGUCAAGAAGAUGAUAAAAAAGUAAUAAAAAGUGGGGGUCACCGUGCUCGUUUUGACGUCACAAUGCUGACAAAUACCGCUAUUUAGGACCCUUUUACAAAAAUCGCGGGCAGCGCAAAACUAGACAAAAAGGAGAGAUUUUUUCGAUGAUGCAUGUGACAUCACACAGAAUUUGACUUUAAUGUUUUGUUUAUCCACUUACGUACCAGAAAAAUGCCUUUUAAUGCCCUUGUUUUUACUUUACGCUCCAAAAGAAUUAAAUUGGACGCGCGCUUUUCGACCCGUGAUGGCUCAAUCCGUACAAUUUAGUAAAAUUACCAAAAAACUGAACAUAGAUUUGUGCCAAUUUUUUUCUCAUCGAAAGGAAGCACUGUCCUUAUUAAAAUCAUGAAAUAAAAAAUGGGGGUCACCGUACUCGUUUUUGCGGUAGAGCUGCAGAAAGUGCGCACCAAACGCAUUUUCUCCGAUUUUUGAGAGAGGACUGGGGCGAGUUUUAAAAUAGAAUGUAUGUGAAAGGGGGAAGAAAGUAUUAAAAAAUCCGUUUUUACAGAAUUUACAUCGAGAUAUCACAUUUAGGACACAAUGUGAUAAAGAAAGUGUUUAAAUGAAAAUCAAAGUGAGUAAGCACAAGUUAAACAUCCACUAUCGAGGUUCUCCGAGAGGAGGUCGAACUCAGCAACACGCGUACUGCUUACGUUAUGCACAUUCCCAACACAUUGAGUCUCACCUCGGCAAGAAACAACAGCAAGCAAAAAUUCCAAUGGCGUUUCUCUUCAGUCAACUUCAUUUUAAUAGUAUUACUUCACAUGCUCUUUUUUACGGCGGCCAUCUUGUUAUGCGCAGUAAGAGAUGCGCAGUGCAAAACUAGGGAAUCACCUUAAGCAAAGUACCAAGCUUUUUGAAAAAAAUUCACUUUUCAGGAUAAAACAACCAAAUAUGUCUAUUUCGUGUCAAAUCAGAUGAAAAAGUUGGUGAAAGGCUAUUUUUAGGUUUUUUGAUUAACCCAUUCGCCCCUGAACCGCCCGUAACCACCCAUGCGGAUCCACGUCCUUUCUACCCUUUGUGACAUCAUCAGUUUUAACGAUCAAGGACAACUUUGUCCACUAACUUGUGCAGAGUGAAGAGACCUUUCAAACCAUACCAGAAUGAGCACAAUUCAGUCAAGGACACCGGAGAAAGAGGCAAAAAACCAUGUAACAUUGACCUGAAAAUCUCCAUGAAAAUCUUGUUCCAUUGCUCACCUACCUUUCCUUUCACCUAAUCCUAAGAUCUUGAAAGCUUUCCUAAAAACUCUUCCCACCAAAAUGAAGCCUACUAAAUGCCCAGCAAGAGAGAAAAAGAAUGAGGCAAGAAAAGCGAAAAAAGAAGGGAGGAGAGAAAGCGAAAAGUAAAAGUCAAGACUGCUGUGUCACUUUUAAACCCAAAAACUAUCUCGAAAUUUUGCUUUCUGCACAUGCCCAAACUUCGCAAGCUGAUAUUUUGCAUCUGGAUCAGAAGGCCGUGAAGUGUACGACCUGUAAACCGGUUUGUGGUAAGUUUUAGCUCUUUAUAGCAGGACAGUGACCGGAAAACCACUCGAGUACCUUCAAAACGUGUUUUUCGGCAAAAUCUCCAGGAGCGAAUGGGUUAAGGCAGCAGGAGCCUGUGCAGAAUACCCAGUGGCUAAAUACACAGGGCCCCCAAGGGACCAUUUUUUUAAACCUGAUUUAGUCUCUCCAUGAUCUUGCACAUUUGCAAACUAUCUAUUAUAUAUUAUCUAUUAUUUUUGAAAGAGAUGUCACUUUUAAGCUUGCCUAAAGAUAAAGUUAAUAAUGUUGGCAUGGAUAUGGUGAUACCACCUACAGAUGUAAUACCCAGUAACAUCAUGUACAAUGUACUGAAAGUUGAUUAACUGUUUCAUUACAGAUUGCACAUGGAAUUCCCAACUUGAAAAGGCUGAAAAGUUUGGACAUCAGUCACUGUACAUGCAUCACAGAUGAAGGACUCAAAAGUAUUUGCAAGUUGAAAAACCUCACAUCCCUAAAUAUCAACAUGUGCACACAGGUCUGUAUCACAGAGAAAUAGUAAAAAUUGGUAUAGUUUAAUUUAGUUAAGAUCUACUGAAACUACUGUGUUGAGUGUGCUCAGAUACAUGUACUUCAGAUGAGUUCACACAUCAUCCCUAAUAGUGAAUGACCUGCAUCUCCCCAUAGGCUAGUUUCACAUUUUAACUGAUUAAUGUUUAUUCACAUUGUUGCUGGCAGAGGUUGCGUGAAGCCUGCACUGACAUCAGAUUUAUGUCAGAUGUUACUGCUGGCACCUGGCAUUAAAGUAACAACACGGGCUUAGCUACCAGCUGUAGUAUGCACACAAAAAAGUACUUAAGGGAUAGCUGAAAAACAGGUUCUUUAAUUUCUUUUGUUGAAGAUAACUGACAGUGGGCUGACUAAUGUGGCAGAAAGACUUCACACUCUAAAACAGUUUUCAUUCAGUGGAUGUGCCUCAAUAACAGACACUAGUUUGUCAUCAGUGGCACUCCACCUUCAGAGGCUGGUGUCACUUGACGCAUCAAAGUGUGAUAGCAUCACGGAUAAGAGCGUCCUUGAGGUAGCAAAGUAUUGUCAUAAUCUGACACACCUUGAUCUGAGUAUGUGCAGCCAGAUUACAACAAAUGCUGUGGAUCAGUUGGAAAUUAAUAUUCCAGGUCUUGCUUCAUUACAGCUGCAAUACUCUGGAGCUUGCUUAUCUACCAAGAUGUUUUCUGCUGUAUAGAAGUCAAAAGACAAAAAUUGAUGGGAUAUUAUAAUAAUUAGUCAAGAGGAAUACAGUGUAUGUAGGAAUGACAUAUUAAACUGUAAAUUAUCAGUAGUGAAGCAGAGGAUUGUUUCGUUGUUUUAGAAAUGAUCUCACUUUAAUUAUUCACAAUCUUCAAAAACCUGAAAGUUAGUGUCAGUAAUCUAAGGGCCCAGCGUUCAUACAAAAAAUUGCAACCAUUUUUAAGGACUUUUGAAGGACUUUUAAAGGACCACAUUUGAUUUUUAAGGACCACCUACCAGGAAUGUAAUUUCACAGACUGUACAAAAAUGCACAUUCCCAGUCCAUUCUAAUGGGACUUUAAGGCUUGAACUGUUU